AUGCCAAAUACGAGCGGUGGAGACAAGGGCGAGAAAGAAUGGCGAUCGGUAUCGGGUAACAGGAAGAACCAAGGGAAGACCAGAGCAGGAAAUACGAGAGCGGUUGCACCCAAUGGGUUUGAUGACAUAGACGAACCGAGUAUGAGCUUGGACAUGGUUGCAGAGGACUCAUUGAACCGGCCUUUAGUCUUCGCCUACUAUGUCACCGGCCAUGGUUUUGGCCACGCCACCCGGGUUGUUGAGGUGCUGUUAGACUGUGGAGCAGUUCAAGCAGAUGCCUUGACAGUUGACCGGCUUGCUUCUUUGGAGAAGUACUCGGAGACUGCUGUAGUACCUCGUGAUACUAUCUUGGCGACAGAAGUAGAGUGGUUGAAAUCCAUCAAGGCAGACUUAGUGGUAUCAGAUGUUGUUCCAGUUGCUUGUAGAGCAGCAGCUGAUGCUGGGAUCCGCUCUGUUUGUGUUACCAAUUUUAGUUGGGACUUUAUCUAUGCUGAAUAUGUUAUGGCUGCUGGUCAUCAUCAUCGGUCCAUAGUUUGGCAGAUUGCUGAGGACUAUUCGCACUGUGAAUUUCUAAUCCGCCUCCCAGGAUAUUGUCCAAUGCCGGCUUUCCGUGAUGCAAUUGAUGUACCUUUGGUUGUGAGGAGAUUGCACAAGUCGCGUGAGGAGGUGAGGAAAGAACUUGGAAUUCCAGAGGAUGUAAAGAUUGUUAUUCUCAACUUUGGUGGACAGCCAUCGGGUUGGACUUUAAAGGAGGAGUACCUGCCUCAUGGUUGGCUUUGUCUGGUUUGUGGUGCUUCUGAAAGUCUCGACCUUCCUCCAAAUUUCGUGAAGCUAGCUAAAGAUACAUACACUCCUGAUGUGAUAGCGGCAUCUGACUGUAUGCUUGGAAAAAUUGGAUACGGGACGGUUAGUGAGGCAUUGGCAUUUAAGAUACCGUUUGUCUUUGUGCGAAGGGACUACUUCAAUGAAGAACCUUUCUUGAGAAAUAUGCUUGAGUUUUAUCAAGCUGGUGUUGAGAUGAUAAGGAGGGAUUUACUGACCGGCCACUGGCGUCCGUACCUCGAACGUGCAGUUAGCUUAAAACCGUGUUAUGAGGGAGGCAUUAAUGGUGGUGAGGUCGCUGCUCGUAUUUUGCAAGACACGGCAUCUGGAAAAAAUUAUACGUCAGACAAGCUUAGUGGCUCUAGAAGAUUGCGAGAUGCUAUUGUUCUAGGUUAUCAGUUGCAACGGGUCCCGGGAAGAGAUCUAAGCAUUCCAGAUUGGUAUGCAAAUGCUGAAAAUGAACUUGGCCUCCGUACAGGAUCUCCUACGGCCGAGAUGAACGAUGAUAGUUUUCGCAUGCCUAUUCCUGAGGAUUUUGAGAUUCUUCAUGGAGAUGUCAUGGGUCUUUCUGAUACCAUGAGUUUCUUGAAGAGCCUAUCAGAACUUGAUGCUGCCCUUGAUUCUGUAAAGAGUCCCGAGAAGAACCAGAGGCGAGAGAGAAAAGCUGCUGCUGGCCUCUUCAACUGGGAGGAAGACAUUUAUGUGGCAAGAGCACCUGGAAGAUUAGAUGUCAUGGGUGGAAUCGCUGACUACUCCGGAAGCCUUGUUCUGCAGAUGCCCACCAGAGAAGCUUGUCACGUUGCCGUGCAAAUUAUCCAUCCAACUAAACAGAGGCUUUGGAAACAUGCUCAGGCUCGACAGAAUGCGAAAGGGAAAGGACUAACUCCAGUUCUACAAAUUGUAUCUUAUGGAUCUGAAUUGAGCAAUCGUGGGCCAACUUUUGACAUGGAUCUGUCAGAUUUCAUGGAUGGGGAUCAGCCAAUGUCGUAUGAACAGGCCAGAUGUUAUUUUGCCCGGGAUCCAUCCCAAAGAUGGGCGGCAUAUAUUGCUGGGACCAUUUUGGUCCUGAUGAAAGAACUUGGAAUUCGCUUUGAGAAUAGCAUUAGCAUGCUGGUUUCAUCAGCUGUUCCAGAAGGUAAAGGUGUAUCGUCUUCAGCAUCUGUGGAAGUUGCCACCAUGUCUGCAGUUGCUGCUGCUCAUGGAUUAAAUAUCGACCCCAGGGAGCUUGCUUUGCUCUGCCAAAAGGUUGAGAAUCAUGUAGUUGGAGCUCCAUGUGGAGUCAUGGAUCAGAUGACUUCUUCAUGCGGUGAGGCUAACAAACUUCUUGCCAUGGUUUGCCAGGUGCCGGCAAGUUUGGUCAUCUCAGAAUUCGUCGCCGGAGUUUGCCGCCAAAGUAAAAGUAUUGAUUUGUUGCCGUAG